AUGGGUGAAAAAAGAGAAGGACUUAUAUCCUUUUUCAAAUUUGAAUGCAAUAUAUGCAAGCAUAUCUGUACAAUUAAAUCUGAAAACACACAUGAUACUGAAAAAAUCAAUCUAAACAUUGCCGCGAUCACUGGCAUCAUUGCUUCUGGUAUUGGUAAUUCUCAAUUUGAAGAGCUAUGUUCAGCAAUAGACGUUCCAGUAUUUACUCCGAAUACUUACACCAAAUAUCAAGAUCAGGUUCUUAAAAAAUGGGAACAAACUGCGAGUUCUUCUAUGGCAGCAGCUGCAGAAAAAGAAAAAGAAAUAGCUAUCGAAGAAGGCCGAACCAAGGGUGGUUUUCCCGUAAUUGAUGUUCUCUUUGAUGGCUCCUGGUGCGCUCGAUCCUAUGGUUCUAAUUACAAAGCAUUAUCUGGUACUGCAGCUGUGAUCGGCAGAAAAACUGGUCGAAUUCUUUACAUUGGGGUGAAAAAUAAAUACUGUCUUGGGUGUGCCCGAGCUGAAAAUAACAAUAUUUCACCUAAGGAGCAUAAAUGCUUCAAAAAUUACGAAGGAUCGUCAACGUCUAUGGAAAAUGAGAUUAUAGUCGAAGGAUUUAAGUCCUCUAUAUCUUCAUACGGCCUCGGUGAUGGUGAUGCCUCUACUUACGCGAAAAUCCUACAGGCCAGACUAUAUGCAGAAAAAAACGUCAUUGUCGAAAAAAUUGAGUGCCAGUAA